AUGAUCGCGUUUGCAACUCUUCAAUGUCGCUUUGUUCAACGCCCACUCAGAGGAGUUCAAUCAUUUCUAAACCAGGUUUUCAACGCCAAUUACAAUCCUGGCAUGUUCCAAGACGAGGCGGAGCGUCCUCAAGAUCUGAAAGUUGUGGCACCUUUCCAAUUUUAUGAUCGACAUCUUGCCUCCGACUUGACCUUACAACGCGUCGUAUAUCUGUCUGGUAUUCCACAGACAUUAUCUGCAUCCUGCGAUAUCGCAGUCAACACGUUUUUGGGAAAAGGAAACAAGUUUUCAACCGCAAAAUUUUUCUUCAACAUGGAAAUACCCGAAAUCGAAUUUAAAGACGCUAGCACGGUCAGACAGUAUUACCUUACUCACGUUGGUGAUAUAGCUCAGGCGUUUGCAUCCAAGUUAUGCGUCCAUCCUCAUAUCAAGAUUUGGCCGUCAAUCAUCGAGUUCGUAGAUCAUGAGGACAGUGGCAGUUUUAUGGCGGAAAGUUCUUUGUCAAUCACCAAAGAUCCGGGAGGGGGGAUCUCUUUGGACAAUGGACUCGAUGGAAAUCUGUCUCGGUCGACUAUGGAAACCUUGAAUACACUCUUAGAGAGGCACCCUAGACUGGCCAUAUGGCAUAUCUUCCCCAUGGUCAGCCCAUUCACGAAGGUGUUCCAGAAUAUAACGACGGGAGUGGAAUUCAAAUGGGAAACAUCCCGAACGAUUGGCUAUAGAGCUUUGACUCGUACGAAUCUACCCUCCGACGGCCAAUCACUUACCAACAGGCUCGUUCGAAUGAGUACUUUGCCCAAACGUAGCUCAAGCAAAACAUCGUCCCAGAGGAUCAGUAUCACCAAAGUAGGAAAAUAUGUUAUCCCUUCAUCCACUAUACAGCGUGCACGAUAUAGGCCCGACUUGAAGCAUUUCCUACAAUGUGCCUGGACGCAGGCGGCAAUUCACGACACUACCUACAUGGUUCUUCACUGUGGCCGGAAGCUCCACAUCGGGCUUCACAUUGCGAUUCUUCAAGAUGCGUUGGAACGGAUGAAGGCAGGAGAGACUCCAGGCGAGUUUCCCGCAUCAAAAUCUGUGAAACGCUCCUCAGAUCGCGUCGAAGGGCUCGAACGUCCUCCCUCAAAACGACGCCGAUUAAGUGAGGCUCCCAGUGUCCCAUCCGAGGUUCACGAUUCAAUUGCAAAGCACCUGGCUCAUCGCAAGCUCGCUCUUGUUAGUCUCGACUACGGCGUAUUUUCAUCAUCGGUACCCUCUUCGUUCAGACGAAUAGGGGAGUCAUGCAAGCGCUAUUCGCCUACCGAGAGCACAGAUUGGACGAAGGACGUCUAUACGCAGAAGAAGUUUAACGACAAGGAAUACAUUACACUCAAAUUACUGGCGCCACUCGGCCAUGGUGCAGUAGGUGUCGUUCACCCUGCUCAGGCGGAAGUCGUCCUAUCGUCGGGUGCUAUUCUGAGGGAAAGUCUUGCCGUGAAGUUGGCGUUUUCGGAGGAGCAGCAGAGCAAGCUUAAAGCUGAAUUUGAAACGUAUUGCCGUAUGUCCCGGUCAAGCGACAUAGAAGGGGUUCUUGAUGUACAUGGCCUGUUUUACGACGCAGAGUCCAAUACAAUGGCAUUUUUGAUGGCCGACGGAGGGAAGACCCUUCGACAGCGAGAAAUUGAACGAACGGGGAAAUUCGCAGAGCAGGUAACCACUACUCAAGAAGAAAGGGAAGCGUUUACAAGGGCACUGGAAAGUAUACACCAAGCGGAUAUUCGACAUUGUGAUAUUCGAGCAGACAAUCUGACGAUCGACUCGGACGGUAAAGUAUAUAUCAUUGACUUUGACUGUGCAGAGUGGCACAGUCCAGACAGCCUUUCUGACGAGAUAUCGAGGCUGAAUGAAGUUCUUGAAGGAAACUAUAUCAGGCGCCUUCAUUACUGA